AUGUUAAUUAUUGAUAACAAUCAUACUAAAAUAUGAAAUCCUUAUUACCCACACCUCCAUGUGUGGGUUAGUCCGCGUGAUGACGUUAUCCAAUCAGAUCAAAGCUGUUUGUAUUCAAAUUGUUCAAAUAGUCAGUAGAACUGCACAGUGCUAUGCUAACGUCCGUUCUUAGUUCGUCGAGUUGUGUGGUUCCGCGACAAGAAGACAUGGCAGCAGAGUCAGCUGUUAAAGUUUGUGUCCGUGUUCGUCCUGUUGUUGCGAGGGAAGAAAGAGCUGCUUCAGAAAAUGCAGAGUCUGUCCAGCUGUUUUGGAAAACCGAUAAGAAAUCUGUUCGUCAAAUUGAUGAUGGAAAUUCCAGCAAGUGCUUUAAUUUUGACAGAGUGUUUACUGCUGAAGAAUCUACAAGCCAGCUGUACCAGGAUAUUGCAAAGCCUCUGGUUGUAUCCACUGUUGAAGGUUACAAUGGAACAAUAUUUGCCUACGGUCAGACCUCGUCAGGAAAGACAUUCACAAUGAUGGGCUGUGACAGCAAUCCGGGAGUCAUUCCUUUGGCUGUAGAUGAUGUCUUCCAAACUAUUAAAAAUUUUCCAAACAAAGAAUUCCUUCUCAGAGUGUCUUAUAUGGAAAUAUACAAUGAAACUGUGACGGAUCUGCUUGUUGAUAGCUGGAAAAGAAAACCCUUGGAAGUUCGGGAAACAAUCAAUAAAACAAUCUAUGUGGCUGAUCUGACUGAGGAGCUCGUUACAUCUUCUACACAAGCCCUCGCCUGGAUCAGAAAGGGAGAAAAGAACCGUCACUAUGGAAAGACUAAAAUGAACCAGCGGAGCAGUCGCUCACACACUAUAUUUCGUAUGAUAUUGGAAAGCAGGGAAAGGGGUGAUCCAGCAUCUGGGGAAAAUGCUGAUGGAGCUAUUAUCGUUUCCCAUUUAAAUUUAGUGGAUCUAGCUGGAUCUGAGAGAGCCAGUCAAACUGGAGCGGAAGGUGCUCGUUUUAAAGAAGGGUGCAAUAUCAAUCUCAGCUUGUUCACGCUUGGACAGGUGAUCAAGAAACUUACUGAUGAAAGCCAAAAGGGCUUUACCAACUACCGAGAUAGCAAACUGACCCGCAUCCUGCAGAACUCCUUGGGAGGCAACGCUAAAACCGUUAUCAUCAGCACCAUCACUCCUGUUUCUUUAGAUGAGACCCUGAGUACUCUGCAGUUUGCAAGCACUGCAAAGAAAAUGAAGAAUGACCCUCAUGUGACAGAGGUAUCAGAUGAUGGCGCGUUGCUCAAGAGGUAUCGUAAUGAGAUUGUAGACCUCAAGCGUCGACUUCACGAGGUGUCUUCUGUCACACAGACUACUGUGACAGAAAAAGAGGUUCUCUCUCAGUUGCUCCAAGAAAAAGAUCAGCUCCGGAGAGAACAAGAAGACAGGAUUAGGAACCUUACUAAACUGCUUGUCACCAGUUCCAACCUUGUCCAUGUUCCAAAGAUGCCUAAGCGCAGGGUAACAUGGGGAGGAAAGCUGGUUGAACAUUCCCAUCCAUCUGCCUGUGAUGAUGGGAUAUGUGGUAUGAACAUGACUUUUGGCUGGAAGAGGAAAGCUGAUCGUUCCUGUUCCACGGAUCUAAGUGAAGCUGAUGAGGACUUUUAUUCUCACUGGGGAAUUCCUGAGGAGCCAUCAGAUGAAAUGGAGAUGAGUCAGAGCUCUGUGACUGUUCGCAGCUUUGGAGACAGCCCCAGAGACCUGGUCUCUCCUGAACAAAUAGUUGGAUUUUCAGAGAAAAUAUCUAACCUGGACUUGCAACUCGAAAUUGAGAGUCAACAGAGAGAGGAGGCUGUUAAUGUAGAAAUAUUAGAUGGCCAAGUAGAAGAGCUGCAGCGGCAGGUUCAAACAGAGGCUUUGCAAAAACAAGUAGCUGUGAAGGAAAAGCAAGCAACAGAAGUAAGACUGGCAGAAGUGGAGGUGCUGCUGAAGAAUGAAGUUAAAGACAAGCUGGAGGCUUUGGAGAAAAUGCAGACCAUGGAGCAAAGACUUGCAGGGCUGGAGAUGCAGCUACAAAGUGAAACUCAGCAAAAGCUGGAUGCCUUGUUGCAAGUGCAAGCAGCUGAACAGAAUAUUGCUGAACUGAAGCGGAUUCUUGAUACUAAAGCUCAGCAGAAGCUGGAAACCACUGACAUGCUGGAGUUAAAGGUAUCUGAACUUGAGAGACAGUCGGAGAAGCAGAAGAUUACUGAAUCUGAUCAGAUGAGAGAGGACUUUGCAGAGUGUGUUCUACUGUGUGAAACCUUGGCUUCUGAGAAGGAAAAGGUUGUUGCUGAGCGAGACCGUCUGAAAUGGGAGCUGGAGAUGAUCCGAGAACGCACUCAAAGUUUAGAGAAGGAAAAGGCUUCUCUCUUUCAAGAACUGAAAGAGACGAGGGAUUUGGACGAGUUCAAAAGUCUGGAGGAUAAGUUCACGAAGGAACAUGAGACUGAAUUACAAAACGAAAUAUCUAGUCUGAAGAAGGAAAUUGAGUCAUCUGAACAUCAGUUGCAGAUGACCCUGACUGCCAGCAAGGAGAAGAUGGAAGCUGAGUUGAAUACACUAAGUCUCCAACUUGAGAUGGAAAGGUCCCGCUACAGAAAAAUGCAAAGUGAUCUUCAAAAAGAGCUGAAUGUUGCAUUUGAUGAAAAUGUAAAGCUCAAUGCUCUGCUAGAUGGCAAAGUCCCAAAAAAUCUGUUAGAAACUGUGGAACUCGAAAGAACGGUGGCCAGCCUGAAGAACGAGCUGGCUAUAUCUCUUGAAGCAGAGAAGGAACUAAGAUCUCAACUUGAGGAGCAGACUCCAGUUCAGACACUUAAAGAUCAGAUUGGUGACCUGACUGAGGAGCUGCAGGUUAUUACAAAGAAUAGGGACAACCUACAGUCAGGUCAGGCUCAGCGUGAGCAGGAAGCUGAGCAGUUCAAAGCCCUGCUGCAAGCAUUAAAGACAGAAAAUGUUCAAAUUCAAGCCCAACUUGUAGCCUGUGCUCGGAAAGAGAAUGAGCUGAACCAACAGUGUGCUGAUGUAACAAAGCUGCUUAAUGCACAACAUGCAGAGCAGGAGCAAGCUGAUUCUGAGAAGAGUCUGCUUGUAGUUUCUCUGGAGGAGAAAGACACAAAGCUGAAGCAGAUGACUGAAGCCCUCCGGUGUGCACAAGCAGAGAAGGAGGCCCUAAUCUCUAAACAAAGUGUUCGUGCAGAAGAAGCUGGAAACACACCAACUGAAAUUCUCCUAAGGACUGUUAAAGAAGAGCUCAAAGAACAAAAGCAGAGGAACUCAGAUCUGAUGAAAACCUCUUUAGAGAAGGAGUCUGAAUUAAAGGAACAUAUUCUGAGGCUAUCACAAGAGCUCAAAGAUGUUUUAGAUGAGGGAAUGGGUUUGCAAAGGCCUGGCACUGAGAGCUCAACAGAGGAGGUAGAGAGACUGCUUACUGUUGUUGCCUGUCUCACUACAGAGAGAGAUCAGCUCAAACAAGACCUGCAGGACAAUGUAGAGAUGGCGAUAGAGAAUCAGGAGGAGCUGAGGACAGUCCUGGAGAAGAAUCGUGAACAGGUGAAGCAGAUCAAACUUCUUAAAUCUGAAAACGUUUGUGAACAGGAUAAACAUCCCAGUGAAAUGGGCUCACAGUUAGAGGAAUUACAAAGAAGUAUGAAGGAUCUAACAGAGGAGCUUCAGCAUGUGCGAGCAGAAAAAGACCAACUGCUCUCUGAGAAAGAAUCCUCUACAGAAAAGAUGGAGAAGCUGCAGUGUGAAGUGACUGCUGUCAGUGAACAGAGAAAUCGAGUACAUGAGGUCCUGGAAGAGCUGAAAGAGGAAAAGAAGAAACUCCAAGCAGAACUGGAAGAAAAAAUCAAAAUGAUGACUAUUUUGCAUGAGGAGUUUACGCAUACACAAGCAGAAAGAGACAGCCUGUUCUCUAAGAUGGCCAACUCGCAGUCCUUCACAGAGGAGCUGGAGAAGCUGCAGAGCAGACUGACGGCUCUUAGUGAGGAGAGGGAUCAGCUGCAGGAGAUAGUGGAGGGGUUGAGAGAGGAGAAGAAGGAGCUCAGAGCACAGUUGGAGGAAAAGAUUGAAAUGAUGCAGUGUGAGUUCCAGCAGCAGCUCCUCUCUAACCCAAAUCUACUGAAAGAUGAGCAGAUUCAGCUGCAGGAGGAGGCUAGAAAGGAGGUGAACCAGAUGAAAGCUGUACUUGAGGAAAAUGAGAAACUGAUCCUUGACAAACAGAAGGAGCUGGAGGUGUUAAAGGAGAGCAGAAAACUUCUCGAAGAGGAGAUCGUGGAGCUGAGGAGUCAGAUGUUGAAACUGCAGAGCAGCAGUGGCACAGAGAAGCAGUUGACUGAGGAACUCGAGUGUCUGAAGGCAGAUAGAGAGUGUCUGUUGGCUGAGAGGACGGCCAUCACCCGGCACUCUAAAGAGGAGCUGGAGAAGCUGCAGAGCAGACUGACGGUUCUUAGUGAGGAGAGGGAUCAGCUGCAGGAGAUGCUGAGAGAGAAACAGGAACUUGGAACACAGCUGUACAAAAAGACAGAAAUGCUGGAAGCUGAGAUCGGAGAGCUUAAUACGUCUGUACAUACUAUCACUGAGCAGAAGAGGCAGUUGGAAGAGCACCUACAGCAGCUUUUAGAAAAGGCAACCUCAACAGAAGAACUUCUUAAGGCUGUCAAAGAUGACCUACAUAAACAAAGAAACUUAAACUCUGAGCUAGAGAAAAUAAGUCUAGAGAAGAUGUGUUCUUUGGACCAAAAGAUAACAGAUUUGGCUAAUAAUUUGGAAAUUGUUGAAGCAGAGAGGAACUUUCUUCUGUCUGAGAAAGAGAAUAACCUCCAAAACCACAAAGAAGAGAUGGAGAAACUGCAAUUUAGCCUGAUGGCCCUCAGUCAGAAGAACGAUCUGUUGCAGGAGGUGCUGGUGGGGCUGAGAGAAGAGAAAGAGCAGCUUGGAGCACAGCUGCAGGAAAAGAUAAACAUGAGGCCUGCCUUCCAGGAAAAGUUCACCCAGCAGGAGCUGUUGAGUAUGCAGACGCAAACUGAGAAAGAAGAGCAAGAAGCCAAAUUUCAGCAAGAAGACCUCCAGGAGGAGCUGCAGAAGCAAAAGGAAAGAAGAGCUCUUGCUGAAGUUGAAUUAGAUUCCUCCCAGCAGUUUGUCAGUGAAGCAAACGCAUCUCUCUCAGCCCUGAGACAGCAGCUGAACAACUUGGAGCAGAGGCCCAGUACAGUCAGGGAGAAAAUAUCACGCCUGCAGGACUCUGCUAGCCACCUUGAUGAGGCCUUUGGAAAAUUCCAACAGUUUACACAAACGUGUUUAACAUAUGACUCUGAAACCCCAGAGGAGGUUAUGAGAGUGCAGUGUUCCUUGAAGCAUACUUACCUGACCAGUCAUCCAAAAUCUGUCAUGGUUGCCUAUGGUAACAUUUGUCAGCUGGGACUGCAAACAUGGCAAAGUUUCAUAAGAAUUCUUGCACAACUCCAAAUGCAUGCAAGUGGGUUUGUAAAAAUAUCUGAGGUGGUGUUAAAUAAAGAUUUGGCGGUCUUUGAGGAGAGUCGGCUGCAGGACCUGCUGCUGUCCAGAGUUGGUGCUCCCAAAUACUCGGUCAACAAUCAAGAUUUCCACUCACUGUGGAAUCAGAGACUCUCUGAGCUUCUGGUCAAACAUCAGCUCUACCAGCAGAAAAUGGAGAGCAUAUUGGAGAUGCUCUGGGCCAACCUGACAUCAUAUCUGUCAGUGCGGAGAGCUGAAAUCAUCGAGAGGGUACAUUUUAAGGAGGCUCUUCAGGCUGGAAUCAACCAGACUGUUUUCAAUGAAUUGGAGUGCAUUCUCAGCCAAGAAGCUGAACGUAGACGUUCAGUUAUCCAAAAUGUGAAGAGGCUUUUACAGGUCAUAUAUAAUGAACACAAUAACAUUUUUGAAGAACUAAAGCAGCUGGAUACCCAAAGAGAUUCUCAGCUUGAAGAUGAGAAAAGAAAAAAUUUAACUUUGCUGCGGGAGCUGGAGGGAACUCCUCUAAAAACGGAGUCGUCCUUACUUAUGGACUACAAGCAACUUGCUCUUCAGCUUCAACAAGCAGUAGGGAACCUUAAGGCUCUGCGUGAACAUAUGGAACGGCUAGAGGAAGCAAGGGCCGAAGCCAAGAACACAGAGUCAAACCACAAACGGGCCAUUCAGCUCCUACAGACUGAAUUGCUGGAUUCUCGUGUGCUGGUGAAGGAGAAGGAGAAUGCAAUCCUGACCUUAAGGGUCAAACUGGAAGAGUCUGAAAAGAAGGCAUCACCCAGUGCAGCUGAGCUGGAGAACCUUCGGAGCAAUCUCUUUGAAAUGGAGGUUAAGUUCGCCUCAGUGACUGAUGAACAUCAUCAAGAGUUAGAAAAGAUGAAGAUGGUGCUAAGUGUAAAGGAGGAGUCACUAAGGAAGUUGAAGCAGGAUCUGAGAUCACAGCAGAAGAGCGAGGAGUCAUUUCUCACAGGUAAGGAGCUUCAUGCUCGACUAACAAACCCCAAAGGUCCGGUGAUCCAGAGCAGCAGUCUGUUAGAGAAGACCAAGCUUGAAGAAAAAGUUAAACAGCUUCAUCUGAGAAUCACAGAGCUAGAAAGCUUGGUUUCUAGCCAGCAGGCAGAGACUAAUAAGUGGAAGAACAGAGCCAUCAGUCUUAAAGGAAAGAGCAAAGUUGAGCUGGACAAGCAAUCACCCCCCUGUACACCUAAAAAGAGGGGCCUUCCUUCAACUUCAGACUCUACCUUGUUCUUCAACUCACCUAAAAAGAAUUGUCUCCCUGCCAAGAAAUUCCUGGAUUCCUCUCGAAAGUUUGUAGAGUCUCCUUGCAAACCUGUGGUUGCUGCAAACUUGCUGCUUGACUCGCCCAAAAGCAGAUUUUUUGAUGCCGGUGAAUGCUCAGAGCUGCUGUCCAGAAGCUGUCCCAAACAGUUCUUUGAUAACUCUGACCUUGGAAUCAAACCAGAAACUUCCCAAGUUCCUGCCCCGAGUGAUGAAGAUGCAGCUGGAUCUGACAAACUGGACUUUUGGCAAGUCUCUCCAAAAGAACAGGAUUACUGCAAACCUCAGUAAACCUGUGAUAUGAACAAUAUUUGAAAUGUCUGUAAUGUCUCAACAAAAUUUCACUAAAUCGUUUUUUUUUUUUUCACAUUCCAGUUUGUUAGAUUGAGGUAAUAAAAAGAUGUGGUAAAAAGCAAA